GGUGGAUAUUCUCAAAUAUUAUGAAUCCCAGCGGCAACCGCAGGCGAGACUGCCAGGCGACGACGGGCCGAGAGACCAGGACAAACAAAUAAGAUGCCCUCCAUAUCCAUCUAUUCAAUACCAGAUCGCGAUGGCCACAUCUGCACCACGUAGCCCACAUCUAUUUGACGUGCAGCUCCCGAGUCCCAGGCGGCAGGGACACUAAGACUUCAGUCCCUGACCGCCACGUGCGCUGGCGACUUUAGCCAAAAUGCCGCCGCCCGCCCAUUGUCCCGAUAGUAAGGGGUGGGGACCAUCGGCGCUUGCUCACAAACCGGCACGGUAUGCUGGAAGGAGGUGGGGGAGUGCGCGUCGGCUGCACGGGUGCGCAAAGGUCUGCGUCCCCGGCGCCCUGGGGUAA